UUAUAUUAUAUUAUAUUAUGAAUUGACCUUCAAAAAAUAAGCCUACCCUGAGAAAUAUUUACUGGAGUAAAAAGUGUUACAUCUAGCCGUGGUCUCCACCUAUAUACUUUUGAUUUUGGGGUGAAACAUAACCAGAAUUUUCUUUGAAUUUCUCUUGAGAUUCACCUAAGAUCUUUGGACUCUUUGAAUUCCUGCAUUUUCUAAAUGUAUCUCAUUGUAAGUCCUUGCAUCUAACGUGCAGUCAGAUAGUGUGUUUGCUCUCUCUUGGGAGUUCCUCUCUUGUGGAGCCCACUCCAGAUUUUGGCUUUGGCCCUGCCAUGCUCUCAGUCACAGCAGCUUCUGAUGGGCUGACCGCUGGUGUCGCACUGAUCACGAGAAGAAUGCCAUUGACGUCAGAGGAGAUGUUGUCAGCAAGGACAGUGGACCCCUGCUCUUGAAAUCUCCUACAAGUGAUUGGACUGUCUUUGUGUCGAGGGCAAAAGAAAUGGGGGGUUGUGAAGGAGAGAAAGCCACACAUGAUGGACUAUCACCACGCUGUUUUCAUCCUGACCCUUGCAUUAUAAUGGACAAAGCCUCUUCUGACCCCGUGCGUUUAGUGCACUCUGAGUCAGAGAUUGAGCAAACACUACGACCGUCGCUGACACACACACAGAGCUGCAUGUCAAAGUCACCGGACGUGUUACUCAAAAGGUUGCCCUGUAACAAUAACACCAAGAUCCCAUGACCACCGAAUUGCGUGUUGUGAUUGUGUCACCUGCAAGCACGCAUGUCUUGAUGAAUGAUUUUCUUGUAGUGUAAGUUUAGACCGUCUAACGUAAUACACACAGUUGGCAUCACAACAAUUCAAUAUGUCCACGCACUUAAGGUACUUUCAUAUGCAAGUCACCUGUGCAGUGUGAACAUCUGCACAUCCAAAGAUGCAUGUUAGGGGUUUAAAACUGUCCUGUCAUAAUCCAGGAUUACGAGAAAAAAAAAAAUGAAAUCUGGCCCUAAACGAAUCUGCAAAUGCAUCAGUUUUCAAGAAUAAUCUACGUAGAUUGACUGUCACGUAAUCCUCAAACACAUCAGUGAAUGAAGGUGUGUAUCUCUAUUGUCUGCACUGGAAUGUCCCCCUAGGAAUAUUCUGGGAAAUGACAGAGCAGUUGCUAUCUCAAGCAAUCUGUCUGUCAUAAGUAAAGAAAUCUCUCCCAUCUUCCUUAAAUCUGAUGCUAAAAAGACUUGUGUAGAUGUGCUCAAUUGCUGCAUUUGUGAUGUCUUGCUCUCUCAGUGUUAAUGAACAUCGUUUAAUUAGGGACACACUAGUUCAUUUUCAGUAUGCUGCUAAUAUCAUACUGUAUAAAUGUUUUUGUUUACGUGUUUCAGAGAUUUGUAUUGAUAUAGUCAUUUUUACCAAAAUCGUUUUUUUAAUUUUUUUUAUGUUAUGUUAUGGCCGAAUACCGGUAACCAAUGUUGUAAUUGUAAAUCUGUAAAUCUGUAAAUUCAGAUAAAAUGCUUCAAGUGAAAGGCAUCCAAACAUUAUGAUAGCCGAUUUUUUUAAAGUGAUAAACAAUAACCAAUAUGAGGCCUACUGUAUAUUUUAAAACUGUUCUAUUUUGCUUGUUUUUAAUCAUUCAAACUAAAUGAAAUUGCAGUCAUAAUGUACAUAAAAAGAUGAAUAACUAUUUAGCAGAAAAGAUGAGUAACUAUUGAGUACUUUAGAAAAGUAGCAUAUUAAAAGAGUUUACUGUUUGAAUUGGAAAACCUACCUACUGUUAUCUACUUCCAAUAUUCAGAACAAUACAGAUAAUAAAAAAUUGCUAAUUAUAGCAGAUACCAAUAUUAUUUCUGAUUAUAUUAUGCAUCCUUAUAUAUAUAUAUAUAGAUGCUCUGUAUUUUAAAAAGUUUAUAUAUAAUUGAUGAACAAUAACCAAUAUGAAGCUGCAAUUGUAAAACUGUUUUUAAUCAUUCAAAAUAAGUGAAGUUGCAAUCAUAAUGUACAGAAAGAGAUGAAUAACUAUUUAGUACAUUAGAAAUGUAGCAUAUUAAAAACGAUUUUCAUUUGAAUUGGAAAACAAUGUCUACCGUCAUCUACCUUCAAUAUUCAGACCAAUACAGGUCAUAAAAAUGCUAAACAUGGCAGAUACCAAUUUACAGUAAUCAACAAUAUAUUGUGCAUCUUUAAAAAAAAUAUAUUUUUUGAUGCUCUUUAUUUUUAAAAAUGUAUUUAUAAUUGAUAAACAAUAACCGAUAUGAAGCCGCAGUUGUAAAACUUUUUUGUUUUACAGUGUUUUGCAUGUUUUUAAUUAUUCAAGAUAAGUGAAAUUGCAAUCAUAGUCAGAACUCAUACACAUUUGUAACAGAGAUUAGGCCCCUUUUUGCUGGCAGCGUAGUCUACAUGAAUCCGGUUCCAUAGCUCCACUCCAGAUCUUGCAGCUCUCACUGCGUCGUGCUCUCCAGCUCUGUAGGUUUGUGGUUUCACUGGAAGCCGCUCAUGUUUGUGUAAAGCAAUGCCCCCCUAUGUCAUGUCUAGGUAGCUGAGGUUCUGCGACGCUUUCUCACUGUCACUUGUGCAAGCUCUUUUUUUUUUUAUUACUGUGGAUAUCGCUGGCAUGCAAUCUCUUCAGGAAAUCUCAGCAAAGCCAGUCACUUCAUAUAAAAGAGUCGGGAUCUCUGACUAGGGGUUUGAAAGCCGUAACGGGUGCUGGAGUUCUUUUGGAUUUGCUCUCCUUUUAUUUUAGAGAACGCCAGUUUAAAGACCUCUGAAGUUCAUGUUUUUUUCUCACAACCUGUGGAGGAUACAAUGUAGGGACAUGGAAUUGGUAUGGAAUAGGCUGACUCCAGAUUAAUAAAAGCAGAUUGAGAAGGGACUCUCUGUGCUUGUAUGUGUGUAUGUGCUUUGUUUUAUAGGAGCAUGGGGCUCUGGUGCGUUCUACACCAGGAGCCCUGCAUGGCUGGACUGCUGGUGGUGUAACUCCGUUUUAUUGUCUCUUCUGGACUCCAGCGCUAUUGAUGACUGCUAAGGAGAUACAGGAAUCUUUUUUGAGGGCAAGGAGCAGCUAAUAUUUAAUCCUUCAGCCCUGUUUUUCCUCAUAGGGGAGAUCUUUUCAGCACAUUAUGAAGAGUCACCCAUGUGGACAUCCCAACAUGGCUGUCUACGAUGUGGACGAUGUCCGGGAAGCCUCGGCUAGCCCGGUCAAACGCCUCAAAACUGACCAUCCCCUCCCCUGUCUCCCUCCAGAGGAGGCCUACCAGAAGCUGGCCACCGAGACCCUGGAGGAACUGGACUGGUGCCUGGACCAACUGGAGACCUUGCAGACCCGACACUCGGUCAGCGAGAUGGCCUCAAACAAGUUCAAGCGGAUGUUGAACAGGGAGUUAACGCACCUAUCUGAGAUGAGCAGAUCUGGUAACCAGGUCUCAGAGUUCAUCUCCAACACAUUUUUAGACAAACAGCAUGACGUUGAGAUGCCCUCCCCGCAGACCCAGAAGGAGAAGGAGAAGAAAAAGAAGCCCAUGUGUCAGAUCAGUGGCGUGAAAAAACUAAUGCACAGCACCAGCCUCACCAACUCAAACAUCCCUCGCUUUGGGGUCAAAACGGACACAGAGGACUCCUUAGCCAAGGAACUGGAGGACGUAAACAAAUGGGGCCUUAAUGUUUUUAAAGUCACCGAGUUUUCAGGCAACAGGCCUUUAACGGUGAUGAUGUACACCAUAUUUCAGGAGAGAGAAUUACUCAAAACAUUUAAAAUUCCCUUGGACACUUUUAUAACAUACCUGAUGACCUUAGAAGAUCAUUACCAUGCAGAUGUUGCGUAUCACAAUAAUAUUCAUGCUGCUGACGUCACCCAGUCCACACAUGUCCUGCUCUCCACGCCUGCUUUGGAGGCGGUUUUCACAGACCUUGAAAUUCUUGCUGCAAUUUUUGCCAGUGCAAUUCAUGAUGUAGACCACCCAGGUGUCUCAAACCAGUUCCUUAUUAACACCAACUCCGAGUUGGCGCUCAUGUACAAUGACGCAUCAGUGCUGGAAAACCAUCAUCUCGCCGUCGGCUUCAAACUCCUGCAGGAGGAGAACUGUGACAUCUUCCAGAACCUCAACAAAAAACAGAGACAAUCGCUGCGCAAGAUGGUCAUAGAUAUCGUCUUAGCUACUGAUAUGUCCAAACACAUGAACCUGCUGGCCGAUCUGAAGACGAUGGUGGAGACGAAGAAGGUCACCAGUUCUGGCGUGUUGCUCUUGGAUAACUAUUCAGAUAGGAUACAAGUGCUACAGAACAUGGUCCACUGUGCGGAUCUCAGUAACCCCACCAAACCUCUGCAGCUGUACAGACAGUGGACGGAUCGCAUCAUGGAGGAGUUCUUUAGUCAGGGAGACAAAGAGAGAGAGCGAGGGAUGGAGAUCAGCCCCAUGUGUGACAAACACAAUGCAUCAGUUGAGAAGUCUCAGGUGGGCUUCAUCGACUACAUUGUCCAUCCACUGUGGGAGACGUGGGCCGACCUCGUACACCCGGACGCCCAGGACAUCCUGGACACGUUAGAGGACAACAGAGAGUGGUACCAGAGCACCAUUCCUCAGAGCCCGUCUCCCGCUCCAGACCAGCCCGAAGAGGGCAACCGCUCCGGCGGGUCUGAGAAGUUCCAGUUCGAACUGACCCUAGAAGAGGAUGGUGAGUCUGAUACGGAGAAGGACAGCGGCAGCCAAGCCGAGGAGGAAGAGGAGGAGGACAACAGCUGUAGUGACUCCAAAACGAUCAUCACGCUAGACUCGGAAUCCACAGAGAUACCGGAAGCCGAGGAGGGGAUUUCUGAGGAAGUUUCCAUGGAACCUAGCAUGGUAGAGGACGAGGACGAGGAGGAGGAAGACGAGCAGCCUGCAGACACAUAGCGUGAACUGAACGCCAUGAUGGCACAAAACUUGAAAUAUGUAAUAAUUGACAGUAAAAUUGAGUUCCAAAGCGCACGUUGCACUCCGAGACCUCGGCCUCCCUCUUUCUGUGUCUCAUUUGGUCUCCCUACGAGCUGCCUGGAGACGAGAGGACAUUAAGACUUCGGUAGGUUGCCGUUUUAUUUGCACUCAGGAAUAAUAUUUAGUCCUCUUGUUUUUUCAAACUUUUUGUUUACCUUCGCCCACCUUGCGUCUUCUGGCACACGGCUGACGAUGUCUGUUGACACCGUCCACGUGGAUGCCCCUCCUCCCGCUCUUCUCUCUGGUUCUCCCGCGCUAGGUCAUGUGACCAUAAGGAGGGCCGUUACUGUAGACGCCCACUGCACAAAGCAAUUGGAGGAGAUUUCGCUCACAAAAACAACACCAGCCCUGACCAGCGGGGAAAAACAUAGAAAGGAGCGCAUUUCCUUGGAUUUCAGAGACCUUUUUUUCUACGUUUUGAGUCUUCCUAAACAUUGACUGAAACAAAAGACAAAAAAGCACAACCUGUUGCUGUCAUGGCCUCUUGGAUGAUUUUGUACGGUAUACAUACAGAUUUUUAUGUUACUUUUAAUAACAAAACAGCAGCUGUUGUGUUUUCAAGGAACCUUAACGUGAAGGGUAACUUGCAAGUACGCAACGUGACGGUCGCCCUGCGUCAGGUUGUAUGUUUGCAUUAUACAUCACUGCUGUGUCGCACAAACCCUCUCCUUUCGGAUUUAAAAACACUUACCUCCAGUGAGCCUCUUAAUACAGUUCAGCUACAAAUGCUUUGUUUAUAACACUGUUUUGUGUUAUUCAACAUGUUCCUUUAAAUAUAUAUAUAUAUAUAUAUAUAUAUAUAUAUAUAUAUAUUGUGCAUUUUAUCUUGUUUCAGAGCAAUGAUUUUGGCAACACUUAAAAUUGAAGGUAUUCUUAAUGUGUAGGGAUGUCGUGAUUAUACGGUUUCACAAAUAAAAAUGUCACAGUUAAUUUACCACAAAUAUUUCUAAUCUAUGGUUAAAAACCAUUAAAUGUUUUAUUUACACGUGGCAAAAAUAUUAUACAGUAUAUAUAUAUAUAAUAGAGUUUUUUGGUGUAAACUUAAAUGUGUGGCUUUUAUGAUGGUUAUGGAUGGUUUCUACGUGGUGCUUGGCCAGAUAGCACAGACUGAGUUUGAAAUUUCAAUUAAUAUGAAACUGGAGCUACACACAAUCUCCAAAAUAUAACCGAGGAAUUCAAUCUACUAGACUCAUAUCCACUAAAAAGCAACUUAAAUCGGCUGUUUGGAAGCAUUUGAAUGACUGAGGGUUACUGAAGAAAACAAAGGUACACAUUUUAUAAACUGGAUGGGAUGUUCCACUGGUUGUCCAACAUCAAACUAGUGACUUUAAUAUUUAUAGCUGUGGUGCUUUAAAAGGGAUAAAUUGAGAGAUGCAACUUUGCUUAAAUUGGCAAAAUAAAUCAUAAAACCGAUUAACUGCGAUUUUUCUUUUUUCCUCAGACGGUAAUCUAACCAUCAAAAACUCACACCGUGGCAUCCCUAUUAAUGCGUUCAUAAUGCCUAAUAAGUAUGUUCACAUGAAUAAACUGGGAGAUUCUCACUAAACACAAAACGAUUUUUUACAGUGUGACAUUAUUGUUUUAUUUACUAAGUAUUCAUGGUUACACCUCUAAAGAGUAUAUAAUGAAUAACACAAUUAUAUAACACAUGAAAUUGGUUGUUGAUCAUGUGUUUUAAUGAAUUAUAUAUUUUAAAGGUAUAGCUAUGAAUAUGUAAGUAUUAUACUUGUUGUUUGAUGAUUCUAACGAAACGUGUCCAGAAAAUGUCCUUUGAAAAUGUAACUUUUAUCAUAAUGCUGAAACCAUUACUUUAUAGGUCAGAAGUUCUGCGCAAAGAUAUUCUAUGAUCGUAGAGUACGUGUUGAGCAACGCCUUUCGAAAUAUGAUUACGCGAGCUGUUGGUAUGGCAUGAUUUCAUUGUUUGUUUAAUGUUUUGAUUUGUAAAACACAAAUCUUCAUCCCAUUAGAUCAGAGAUUUUCUCUUAGGGCUAGAUGCAGUUUAGCGUCAAUUCCACAUUUGCGCAUUUCAUGCCAAAAUUUCCCUCCCUGCACUAUGCGACACACAGUGAUCAGUGGCUUUUAAUAAUGAAUUAUUAUUUAUACAUGUAUAUGGUUUUAUUUAUUACAUUGCUAUUUUGCUUCUGUUUGAAAGCAGUACUGUAGACCAUCAACUGUAGCGCAGAGCGUGUGGACUUGCAAGUUACUAAAAACUACUGUCUUUUUUGUCGUGUACAUAGAACAAACCUUUUUAAAAGCUGUAGGAAAUAUAACAUGCUCACAGAAACUUGAACUCUGGUUUUUGAGUAGUACUGGUUUUGUUUUAUAUAUAUAUAUAUAUAUAUAUACAUACACACACACUACCAGUCAAAAGAUUUGAAACACUUGACUGAAAUGUUUCUCAUGAUCUUAAAAAUCUUUUGAUCUGAAGGCGUAUGCUUAAAUGUUUGAAAUUAGUUUUGUAGACAAAAAUAUAAUUGUGCCACCAUAUUAACUGAUUUCAUUAUAAAACUAAAAUGUAAUUAAAAAAAAACAAGUUUUUGAAAUGGAUGACUUGGACCAAAUAAUAAAGAAAAGCAGCCAAUAAGUGCCCAACAUAGAUGGGAACUCCUUCAAUACUGUUUAAAAAGCAUCCCAGGGUGAUACCUCAAGAAGUUGUUUGAGAAAAUGUCAAGAGUACAUGUCUGCAAAUUCUAGACAAAGGGUGACUACUUUGAAGAUGCUAAAAUAUAACACAGUUUUGAUUUAUUUUGGAUUUUGUUUAGUCACAACAUAAUUCCCAUAGUUCCAUUUAUUUUAUAUUAUUCUAAAAUGUGAAAAAAAAAAAAAUGUUUCAAAACUUUUGUCUGGGAGUGUGUGUGUGUGU